UCUUUCCUGCUUCUUUCCGGUUGCUUUUCCAUCAAGUGUAGCACGAGUCAAAAUGUCGUCGCACUUGAACUGGAUGAUAAUACGCAACAAUAAUGCUUUCCUUCUCAAGAAGCGUAAUAUCAAUAAACCAUUCUCUACGGAGCCUAAUAACCUGACCAAUCUGAGUAGCUAUCGGUACUCGGGUUUGAUCCACCGCAAAAGCGUGGGCAUUGUAGAUACUCCUGAUAAGAAGGGGUUCACUGUGGUAUAUAAAAAAGCAAAGUGUGUAAAUAAACCAGCCAAGGCAAUCGUAAGGACCGAGAUGAAAGCUGGUGCUCGCAGAUCUCUUUACAAACUACGAACCUUGCUUGGGAGAAACAAAUACCGCGUGGAUUUGACAAAGGCUGCAUUACGUCGUGCCAGUGCUGUUCUACGUUCACUAAAACCAUUGCCUGCUAAGAAAGCUCGCACUACUAAAAAAACUGAUUAAACUCUGUUUAAAUAAAUAUCUUUAAAUCAAUAGUGUGUAAAAUCUCUGAAUAUCAAAGGUGGAUACAAAAGGCAGUUGUAGACUGGCUAAUAUCUUAUUGCUGAGAUCUUAAGUUCACUAAUUUUCACGAUAAUGGUUAUACACAUUUUUUAUAUUAACUAUAGCUGUACAAGCAUUUGUAUGAAUUAUUUGACGUAUGUACCUUUGUUAUGCAGAUCUACCUUUCUUCGUUACCUCUUAAGGUAACAUUUCAUAAGUAUUCCUUUCCAUAAAUUUUUAAUACAAUGUGAGUAUCCGUGCACAUUGUAUUUCUUGGUUUAUUUAAUGGAAUAUUGUAAUACUAAUUUUUAUUUUUGUUUCAUGUUGGCUUUGAAAACAAGUUUGAUAGUCUCAAUAAAAUGAGUCGCAUAUUUCGAAGGGAUCCAGGUGUCCAUCUCAUCCUGAUCAAAGCAAUAAUCAGAGAUUCUGCAAAUCGUCAAGACUGGCUUGUAUCGAGUGAAACUAAUCAGGGUACCACAUUUGAAAGCUGGAGAAUGGCAACGAAAAACUUCAACCCUUUUCUGCUUUUGUUUCAACAUGGAGCGAAAGCUGACAUUGGAAACGAAACUUAUCUAUGUAAUUUAUUUUUAUUUUAACUCUUAAGAUAUAAAUAUCGUGCCAUUUUAAUGUGAUAUCCGCGAAAUCGCUAUUUUCAUAUUAGUACUUUAUAUUCAUAAGCUGUUACGUGAAUGUAGGAUUCUACGCGUUAUCCGACACGCUUGUACUUGUUUCUCCACGUAUGGAUAAAAAACUUAGGAAUACCGUAGGUUUAAUAAGCAUCGAGAUGAAAUAGUAAGCAACGUAUUACCGCUGGCUUGCGUAAUGUUUCUUGCAAUGGUGAUAUGUCGCAACGAUAAUAAAAGUUAACGUGGAAAUUGUA